CCAAUUGAUUGGCAGGAACUACUGAAUUACGUUACUUUCAGGACUGUGCAAAAUACCUAGGUACAUGUGCAAUGAUGAUGAUUACGGGGAAAUUACCAGGUACUCAAUGUACAUAGACUGAACACUGAAACACCUUCCACUUAACGCGUUUUUAAGCUUUGUUCCUGCCCCUCAACGCGUCGAUAGGCUAACGUUGUCUUGCCUUGCAGCUACCUAACUAGCUUAACACGGGGUCGGGUCCAGGUCAGAGUUACCAAACUUACGGGGAGGUGCCUAGCAGGUGGCGUUAUCUAAGCCCUACCGCCCUACCCAAGCACCUAACCUUAGCACCUAAGCACCUACCAAACAUGUCUCCCGAACCAGAUCAGGAACCUCACGACGAUCAACAAGAGAUAUCCGCCAGUCAAGCAUCCCAUGUUCUAAACUCUUUCACCCAAUUCCUUACAAUAUGCAUCCACAAUAUCUUGUUUUACCGUUCCAUCUACCCUGCACAGACAUUCCUCACCAGCCGAGCAUAUAAUCUGCCAGUUCACCAAUCCAGGCACCCCAAAGUAUGUUCGUGGAUUCGCGAUGCUGUUGAUGCCGUAAAGGCACAGCUUAUUCUAGGUGUUGUAGAGCGCAUUGCUGUUGUUAUCCACGAUAAGCAAGCAAAAGUGAUGGAACGAUGGAUGUUCGAUGUUGCCAACUUUCCAGCAUGGGAAGGUUAUAAGGAGGUGAAAGGGCCUAGGACAAUUGAAGAAGAGGAGAUCGCUGAAGGAGAGGCCGCCAAUACCGAUGGUAGUACAGAAGGAAAAGUAAAUUGGGCCAAUGUAGACGAACAAUUACGCGCCACUGUAAGGAAGCUAGCCUACACUGGUGAAAAAAUGACACCACUUCCAGAGGGGUGUACUUUUACCAUUGCGGUAGAGUUGCGAGAUGAGGGUGCGGCCCCAAUAGGCCAUCCGCAACCUUGGAUACCCACUCAGUCGAAUCUACAGCCCAAAAACAAAGACAAGCAAACAUCUGGCGAGGAUGUCGGAGGAGCCAAGACGACCCCUCUCCGUAUGGUUGAAGCUGGGCCUUUGUUCUUUGAAUGUUGGGUCGAAGAGGGCAAGGCCAAAGAAAAAUCACCAACUUCGAAUCAAUGAAUGAAUGAAUUGAAUUAUUUGAUCUUAGUGUGCAUAUACGACCUUCUAAUUGUACCAUAAUAACCCUUAAACAACGUG